UUCUUUCUUUUUUUGUUUUUGCAUCUUAAUAUUUCUAAUGACCUUUGAAUAAGGGUCCUGGCAUUGUCCAUUGUGUUCCAGAUCCUGCAAAUUAAGUUGAGGCCCUGCCCUCCUACAGUUGGUUAUCCUGUUGCUCUUCUCUUUUGUUUGUUACAGUGGGGAAACAGAGGCAGGAGGAAGAUGCAAAAAGGCCAGGAACCGGAAGGCUGGAAGAGGUUCGAACCCAGCCUCGGGCCAGGCUGUGCUAAGGUCCACGCACAGAUCUAUGUUGGCGUCCCCUCCCCCUACGGCAGGCUGGGCACUCCGUGCGCGCUCCCGCGCCUUCCACCCUGCUCCCUACGCGGCGGCGCGUGCUCGCCCCAGCGGGCGGGCACAGCGGUUGUGUGGCCUGCGAGUUUCCCCGAGUUCACGCAGGCCCUGCGGUUGGCAUGGCAACCGGGCAACCUGUUCCAGAGCCGCCCUCCCGCUCCGCACACGCCGCUGCCACCGCCAGAGCCGGGGCCGGCGCCGCUCCCAUGAUGCACCGCGUCAGCCCAGUCCCCAGUGGGCCGCCAUGUUGUCGGAGUGAAAGGUAAGGGGGAGCGAGAGCGCCGGCGAGCGAAGAUCGGGGGGCCGGAAUCCAUCUUCAUCCUACCGCUCCGCCCGUGUUGGUGGAAUGAGCGUUGCAUGUGUCUUGAAGAGAAAAGCAGUGCUUUGGCAGGACUCUUUCAGCCCCCACCUGAAACAUCACCCUCAAGAACCAGCUAAUCCCAACAUGCCUGUUGUUUUGACAUCUGGAACAGGGUCGCAAGCGCAGCCACAGCCAGCUGCAAAUCAGGCUCUUGCAGCUGGGACACACUCCAGCCCUGUCCCAGGAUCCAUAGGAGUUGCAGGCCGUUCCCAGGACGACGCUAUGGUGGACUACUUCUUUCAGAGGCAGCAUGGUGAGCAGCUUGGGGGAGGAGGAAGUGGUGGAGGCGGCUAUAAUACUAGCAAACAUCGAUGGCCUACAGGGGAUAACAUUCAUGCAGAACACCAGGUGCGCUCUAUGGAUGAAUUAAAUCAUGAUUUUCAAGCACUUGCUCUGGAAGGGAGAGCUAUGGGCGAGCAGCUCUUGCCAGGUAAAAAGUUUUGGGAAACAGAUGAAUCCAGCAAAGAUGGACCAAAAGGAAUAUUCCUGGGUGAUCAAUGGCGAGACAGUGCCUGGGGAACAUCAGAUCAUUCAGUUUCCCAGCCAAUCAUGGUGCAGAGAAGACCUGGUCAGAGUUUCCAUGUGAACAGUGAGGUCAAUUCUGUACUGUCCCCACGAUCGGAGAGUGGGGGACUAGGCGUUAGCAUGGUGGAGUAUGUGUUGAGCUCAUCCCCGGGCGAUUCCUGUCUAAGAAAAGGAGGAUUUGGCCCAAGGGAUGCAGACAGUGAUGAAAACGACAAAGGUGAAAAGAAGAACAAGGGUGCGUUUGAUGGAGAUAAGCUAGGAGAUUUGAAGGAGGAGGGAGAUGUGAUGGACAAGACCAAUGGUUUGCCAGUGCAGAAUGGGAUUGAUGCAGACGUCAAAGAUUUUAGCCGUACCCCUGGUAAUUGCCAGAGCUCUGCUAAUGAAGUGGAUCUUCUGGGUCCAAACCAGAAUGGUUCUGAGGGCUUAGCCCAGCUGACCAGCACCAAUGGUGCCAAGCCUGUGGAGGAUUUCUCCAACAUGGAGUCCCAGAGUGUCCCCUUGGACCCCAUGGAACAUGUGGGCAUGGAGCCUCUGCAGUUUGAUUAUUCAGGCACGCAGGUACCUGUGGACUCAGCAGCAGCAACAGUGGGACUUUUUGACUACAAUUCUCAACAACAGCUAUUCCAAAGACCCAAUGCGCUUGCUGUUCAGCAGUUGACAGCUGCCCAGCAGCAGCAAUAUGCACUUGCAGCAGCCCACCAGCCUCACAUCGGUAUGUUUCCAGCAGGUUUAGCUCCCGCUGCGUUUGUCCCCAACCCAUACAUCAUCAGCGCUGCUCCCCCAGGGACGGACCCCUACACAGCUGGAUUGGCUGCAGCAGCGACACUCGGCCCAGCUGUGGUCCCUCACCAAUAUUAUGGAGUCACGCCAUGGGGUGUCUAUCCUGCUAGUCUUUUCCAGCAACAAGCUGCUGCAGCUGCAGCAGCAACAAAUUCAGCUACUCAGCAGAGUGCCCCACAGGCCCAGCAGGGACAGCAGCAGGUUCUUCGUGGAGGAGCUAGCCAGCGUCCUUUGACCCCAAAUCAGAACCAGCAGGGACAACAAACAGAUCCCCUUGUAGCAGCUGCAGCAGUGAACUCUGCUCUUGCCUUUGGACAAGGAUUGGCUGCAGGUAUGCCAGGUUAUCCAGUCUUGGCACCUGCUGCUUACUAUGACCAAACUGGUGCCCUUGUGGUGAAUGCAGGGGCAAGAAAUGGCCUCGGAGCUCCAGUUCGGCUUGUUGCUCCAGCCCCAGUCAUCAUUAGCUCCUCAGCUGCACAAGCAGCUGUUGCAGCGGCUGCAGCUUCAGCAAAUGGAGCAGCCGGUGGUCUUGCAGGAACUACAAAUGGACCAUUUCGACCUUUAGGCACCCAGCAGCCCCAGCCCCAGCCCCAGCAGCAGCCCAGUAACAAUCUGGCUUCCAGCUCUUUCUAUGGCAACAACUCUCUGAGCAGUAACUCCCAGAGCAGCUCCCUCUUCUCUCAGGGCUCCGCCCAGCCUGCCAACACGUCCUUGGGAUUCGGAAGCAGCAGUUCCCUUGGUGCCACCCUAGGAUCGGCCCUUGGAGGGUUUGGAACAGCAGUUGCAAACUCCAACACUGGCAGUGGCUCCCGCCGUGACUCCCUGACUGGCAGCAGUGACCUUUAUAAGAGGACAUCGAGCAGCUUGGCCCCCAUUGGACACAGUUUUUAUAACAGCCUUAGCUUUUCCUCCUCUCCUGGACCCGUGGGCAUGCCUCUCCCUAGUCAGGGACCAGGACAUUCACAGACACCACCUCCUUCCCUCUCUUCACAUGGAUCCUCUUCAAGCUUAAACCUGGGAGGACUCACGAACGGCAGUGGAAGAUACAUCUCUGCUGCUCCUGGUGCCGAAGCCAAGUACCGCAGUGCGAGCAGUGCCUCCAGCCUUUUCAGCCCCAGCAGCACCCUUUUUUCUUCCUCUCGUUUGAGAUACGGAAUGUCUGAUGUUAUGCCCUCUGGCAGGAGCAGACUUCUGGAAGACUUUCGAAACAACCGGUACCCUAAUUUACAACUGCGGGAGAUUGCCGGGCAUAUAAUGGAAUUUUCCCAAGACCAGCAUGGUUCUAGAUUCAUUCAGCUGAAACUAGAGCGAGCCACAGCAGCUGAGCGCCAGCUUGUCUUCAACGAAAUCCUGCAGGCUGCGUACCAACUUAUGGUGGAUGUGUUUGGAAAUUACGUCAUUCAGAAGUUCUUUGAAUUUGGCAGCCAUGAACAGAAGCUGGCUUUGGCUGAACGGAUUCGAGGCCACGUCCUAUCAUUGGCACUGCAGAUGUAUGGCUGCCGAGUCAUCCAGAAAGCUUUGGAAUUUAUUCCCUCAGACCAGCAGGUAAUUAACGAGAUGGUGCGGGAGCUAGAUGGCCAUGUCCUGAAGUGUGUGAAAGACCAGAAUGGCAACCAUGUGGUUCAGAAGUGCAUUGAAUGUGUACAGCCCCAGUCUUUGCAGUUCAUCAUCGAUGCAUUCAAGGGGCAGGUGUUUGCUUUGUCUACGCACCCAUAUGGCUGUAGGGUGAUCCAGAGGAUCCUGGAACACUGUCUCCCCGACCAGACCCUCCCUAUCCUGGAGGAGCUUCACCAGCACACGGAGCAGCUCGUGCAGGAUCAGUAUGGAAAUUAUGUAAUCCAACAUGUCCUGGAGCAUGGUCGUCCUGAGGAUAAAAGCAAAAUUGUAGCAGAGAUCCGAGGCAAUGUACUUGUAUUGAGUCAGCACAAAUUCGCAAGCAAUGUUGUGGAGAAGUGUGUCACUCACGCCUCACGUACAGAGCGUGCUGUGCUCAUUGAUGAGGUAUGCACCAUGAAUGACGGUCCCCACAGUGCCUUAUACACCAUGAUGAAGGAUCAGUAUGCCAAUUAUGUGGUCCAGAAGAUGAUCGAUGUGGCUGAGCCGGGGCAGCGGAAGAUUGUCAUGCACAAGAUCCGGCCACACAUCGCGACUCUUCGGAAGUACACCUAUGGCAAGCACAUCCUGGCCAAGCUUGAGAAGUACUACAUGAAGAAUGGUGUGGACUUGGGGCCCAUUUGUGGUCCCCCUAAUGGGAUCAUCUGAGCAGUGCACCCAUCCCUGUCCCGCUGACCUCACUGACCCUGGCAGAUCCAACCAGCAACCAGAGAUGCCCAGCUCAGAGUCGAAAGUGGGCGAUGGUUGCUCCGGGAUUGCUCCCUCCUCCAAAAAUGGAAUCGGAUCCACUUGUGGAAAGGCCUUUGUAAAUUUCAUUUUAUUACACAUAACAUGUACUAAUUAUUUUUUUUAAUUGACUAAUUGCCCUGCUGUUUACUGGUGUAUAGGAACUUGUACAUAGGUAAUCAGUGUACAUGAGAGGCCACAUGCUUUGUUCAAUGUUGUAUCUAUAUUCCACAUGUGGACACUUUCAGGGUGGUUGGUUUAACAAAAAAAGUUUUAAAAAAAGACAAAAAAAGGUUUUUAACUCAUUUGCCUUGUGGCAAGUUUUGCAAAUAGCUCUUCCCCACCCCAUUUUAUUAAAAAAAGAAACCUGAGAAAUUUGAAUUUUAGUUAAAUAAUCUCAAACUGGCAUUUAACACUGUUUAUAAAAUAUAUAUAUAUAUAUACAUAUAUACAUAUGAAAUGGGAACGUUUCCGAGUUGCUAAAGCAUCAGCCUGUGAUACGGAGUUUAUGACGCUCUUUGGAGAUGACCUCAUGCUGAGGGAGGUGGUAGCUGCAGAUCCAGGAGGAGCGGGAAGCACAGAGACAGGCCGGAGGCCAGUGGGCAUGGCCACUUGCUCUAUGGGUUGCCUUCUGUGAACACUGGGAAGCAGAAUCUGAUUAUCUAGCAUGAGAGAACCCAGCUCUGCUCCUGGUCUGGCUUCUAUAGAUACAUAGUGUAUACUUGUGUAGACUUUGCAUAUAUACGGAUUUGUAGUAUUUUCCUGUUUUGAUGUCUAAUCUGUAUCUAUAAUGUACCCUAGUAGUCGGACAUACUUUUGAUUGUACAAUUGUACAUUUGUAUACCUGUAAUGUAAAUGUGGAGAAGUUUGAAUCAACAUGAACACGUUUUUGGUAAGAAGAGAACCGGCCAGCCCGUGCACUCUGUAUAUCCCACCUUUUAUGGUUGUAGCAGAUAGUGUUGUAUAUUGUAAAUUGUAAUUUCAAACAGAAGUAAAUUUUUUUCUUUUGAAGGAAUAAAUGUUCUUUAUACAGCCUAGUUAAUGUUUAAAAAGAAAAAAUAGCUUGGUUUAUUUGUCAGCUAGUCAAGACGGUAGUGAGAGCCUUUCUAAAUGUUACUUCAGAUGAUUCAGUUCACACUAGUGUUCCUUUUUUUUUUUUUAUCCUAAGAAAAGGUAAUGUUUCGCUUAUUUUGUGACAGUCAAAAGGAUGUGCAGAAGUUUCGCCUGCCCCUUCCCUGCUCACCACCUCCCCUUGUAAAGUGACUCACCCUCCGUUUUGUACAGAUGAGCUGUAUUUUGCAUUUUGUCUACUUGUAAGUGAAUGUAACAUACUGUCAAUCCUCGUUUGAAUAUAGACUGUAACACUACACGGUGUACAUUUCCAGAGCCUUGUGUAUAUUUCCAAUGAACUUUUUGCAAGCACACUUGUAACCAUAUGUGUAUAAUUAACAAACCUGUGUAUGCUUAUGCCUGGGCAACUAUUUUUUGUAACUCUUGUGUAGAUUGUCUCUAAACAAUGUGUGAUCUUUAUUUUGAAAAAAAUACAGAACUUUGGAAUCUGAA